UGGGCUCCUCCUCCCCUUUACAGCAGCAGAGCUGGAGAUCCAGAGAAAAUCUAAGCUGCAGCAAAGUGAAACAAGGAAACAGAGAAACUGAGCCGAGCUGCUACUCUUCAGCUUCCACGGCUUUGUUCUGCUCUUCAUCCUCCGUGUGGUAGAAAUUAAAUCAUGGGGGCCAACGAUCUCAACAUGAACUCUGACCCGGCGGGGUCACGACCUCCCGCCCAGCGCUGGAGACCCUUCAACAGCAUCAAGUUUUUUGUGUUCUGCCACAGUUUGCUGCAGCUGGCGCAGCUGUUGGUGUCGGGCUACAUGAAGAGCUCCAUCUCCACCAUCGAGAGACGCUACGGCCUCUCCAGCCAGAAGUCGGGCCUCCUGGCCUCCUUCAAUGAGGUGGGAAACACGGUCCUCAUCGUCUUUGUGAGUUUUCUCGGUAGUCGUGUCCACCGUCCGCGGUUCAUCGGAGGCGGCGCUCUGCUGGCCUGUCUGGCCUCACUGCUGAUGGUGCUGCCACACUUCCUGGGCGGACUGUACGAGUACACCGACCGCAUCACUUCCACCAGUGAUAACAGCUCCGGCCUCUGCCAAUCAGAGAGCACUGUCACCACGUCGUCCUCCAAUCAGAGCUGCAGCAAGCAGGAGAGCCCCACCCAGCAUGGCGUCUACCCUCUGCUGCUGAUGGGUCAGCUGCUGCUGGGUAUCGGAGCCGUCCCCAUCCAGCCCUUCGGCAUCUCCUACAUCGACGACUACGCCAGCAAGAAGAACUCGCCGCUCUACCUCGGCAUCCUCCUCGCCGUGACCUCCAUCGGCCCGGCCCUCGGCUUCCUCACAGGCUCCUUCAUGCUGCGCUACUACGUCGACUUUGACAAGUUACCCAAAGACCAGAUCAAGUUGGAUCAGAUGGACCUGCGCUGGGUGGGAGCCUGGUGGCUCGGCUUCCUGGUGGCGUCCUGCUUGCUCUUCCUCACUGCGCUGCCUUACCUCUUCUUCCCCAGAAACAUGCCCAAAGAGGAUGGCACAGACAAUGUGGAGUCCAAACCUGACAGUAAGCAGCAGACAAACCCGCCGCAGGAAGUCUCCCUGCUUCAGUUCCUCAAAAGUUUUCCUCGUAUCGCUCUGCGGACGCUGCGGAGCCCCAUCUACCUGCUCGUGGUUCUGGCACAGGUCAACCUGGCGGCGCUGCUGGCUGGCCUCGCCACCUUUAUGGCCAAAUUCCUCGAGAAGCAGUUCAGCCAAAGUGUCCCCUUUUCCACCAUGAUGAUAGGAGGAGUUGUCAUCCCGUGUGCGGUGCUGGGCACCGUCCUGGGUGGAGCUCUGAUGCGGAGGUUGAAUCUUUCGGUCAGCGGCGCCAGCAGGUUGUGCACCUUUGCCAUCCUGCUCUGCACUUUGUCCGCCCUGCCGCUGCUGCUCAUUGGCUGCCCCACCCAGAAGGUUGACGGGGUCUUUCCUCCCAGCAUUGAUGGGCCGUGCAGCGUUGGCUGUCGGUGUCCACCGGAGGCCUUUAACCCGGUCUGCGGAUCAGACAGGGUGGAGUUCAGGUCUCCUUGCCACGCUGGAUGUAUCGGCAUGACAACAGACACCAACAACAAAGUCAUCAACUACACUCAGUGCCGUUGUGUUAAAGAUACUGGCUUCGCCUCUCCGGGGACCUGCGGCAGCAACUGCUCCCACUUCUUCCUCCCCUUCAUGGUCCUGUUGGGUGUCACCAGCUUCGUCGCCUCCUUCUCCCAGACCCCAUCAUACAUAAUGAUACUCAGGACGGUGUCAGCGGAGGACAAGUCUUUUGCGGUGGGAGUUCAGUACAUGUUGUUCAGAGUGCUCGCGUUCAUGCCCGGCCCCGUGUUGUACGGCAGCGUCAUCGACUCCACCUGCAUACUGUGGGGCAGGAAGUGCGGCAGGCAGACCUCCUGCCUCUACUACAACCUGGACCGCUUCAGACAGAGGUUUCUGGGUCUGCAGGUGGUCUUCAUUUGCGGGGGUCUGCUCUGCUUCCUGUUGACGGUCAUGGUCCUGCGCAAGAGGCCGGAACAUGAGGACCAAAGAGACGCGGGAAGCAAAGGAGGGUACGAGCUGGUGGACGGGCAGAAAACACAGGGAGAGAACGCUUCGUCUAAGGAAAAAGAACUGAAUGGCAUCAAGACCUGAAGACGCAAAACAAGAGGACGCAGGGAAAGAAAGAAAGAUGCGGGGGGAGGCCGAACAAAGGAGAGAAAAGAAGAGUUUCCUAAGAUGGUCGCAGACUGAAGCUGCAACGCUAACAAAACUGUGAGACAUCAGUGUGUGAUGAGUGUGAGCCGCUAUACUGAGGCUAAGAAACCUUUUGAUAUACUUUUUACACCCAAAUACUCUACAUGCUCAGUUAACAUUUCCGGGGGGGGGAGGGGGGGGAUUACUGGUGUGUUUGUAUAUAAGCUGAUCCAUAUAUUGUGACAUAUAAGCUGUUUUUAUAUGAAGCAGUGAGCCCAAUCAACCUCUUCCACUUAUUACUGUUGUAUCUGAUACUGAAGUGUAAUAAGCUGCAGCUCCUUUCAUGUGCACUAGAUGCUGCUCGAAUUAGUCUGACUGUAUUUGACAUGAAUGAGAAAUUUUCUCUACUAAUACAGUGAGGACACUGUGAUCUUUGGAGGCCAUUUCAGUGAUACAAAUGAUUUUUAGCAACACUAGCAGCAUAGCUGUAUGGACGGAUGUCAGUUGUUCCACCACUUUGGUCCAGACUAUUAGAUGGAUUGACAUGAAAUUUUGAUAUUCAUGCUCCCCAGAGGACGAAUUGUAAACAUUUCAGAAACAUUUCAUCUAGCGCCACCAUCAACAUUUUCGUUUGUGACCAAAUACAUGCAAAACUAACCGCGUUAUUCCCAUCAGCCUCAGCUGCACUUUGUGUUUUUUGCUAAUUAACAAAUGUUAGCAUGCUGACACACUAAGCUAAAAUGAUAAACAUUAUACCUGCUUAACAUCAGCAUGUUAGCAUACAUUAGCACUAGCAUUUAGCUUACAACAGCCUCAAAGAGCUUCUAUUGUGACUGGAGACUCUUUAAGGAUAAGGCUGGCUAACUAACAAGUAUUGUGUGUGUGUAUCCAAAGCCUGAUAUAUCUUAUUCCUCUGUGCCGU